AUGCCGGCUCCAAGUUAUCAUAAUAUGCGGGUGACAUUGUUAAAGGACGUGUUAGAAGAUACCCACAAGUUUGUGGAUUCGUUUCGACCACAAUGGAAGAAAUUUGGAUGUAGCAUUAUGUCUGAUUUUUGGACAGAUGGCAAGCAUCGAUCUUUGAUCAAUUUUUUAGUCAAUUGUCCUACGGGUACAGUUUUUCUAAAGUCGAUUGAUGCAUCAGAGCAUAUACAUAAUGCUGAAUAUAUUGUGAAGAAGGUAAAUGAGGUGAUAGUAGAAGUUGGAGAGGAAAAUGUUGUGCAGUUUAUUACAGACAACGGUUCAAACUACAAAGCUGCAGGAAAGAUUUUGGAAGAACAACAUCCAAAAUUAUUUUGGACUCCAUGUGCAGCACACUGUGUGAAUCUCAUUGUACAAGAUAUCGGGAAGAAAGAAGUAACGAUCGCGACCGCUUUGAAUGAAGCAAUAGCUAUUGUGGUUUAUAUUUAUAAUCAUGGACGGAUUCUCAAUAUGAUGAGAAAGUUGACAAAGAAUAGAGAGUUGCACAGGUCUUGUGUAACUAGAUUUGCUACCCAAUUUUACACCUUACAGAGUGUCCAUGAGAAUCGACACCAUCUCCAAGUUUUGUUUGUAUCUGAGCAAUGGAGAAAAAGUGACUUUGCAAAGAAAGCUCCUGGAAAGAGAGUUGAGAAGAUAGUAUCAAAGCAAUCUUUUUGGGAUGGUGUAUAUUUAGCUUGCCAAAUAUAUGCUCCAUUGGUGGAUAUUGUUCGUUUGGUUGACACAGAAGAAAGACCGUGCAUGGGGUACAUCUGUGAUGCGAUGAGUCGAGCACAAGAUCAAAUAAGCAAAAAUCUAAAUGAUGGGAAUAAUGACAAAAAAAGACUGGCAGGUAGAAUUUUGUCUAUCAUUCAAACAAGAUGUAAUGACCAACUUCUUCAUCCCUUACAUGCAGCUGGGUGUUUCCUUAAUCCUGCAAUUUUUCAUGGAGAUAAGUCAAAGGAAUAUGAGGCCAAUAAACAGAUUAUGACCGGACUUUAUGUUGCUAUUAACCGUCUUGUUCCCGAUGAAGAUGAAAAUGAUACUUUGAGACAAGAAUUGAAUCUCUACAUUGAUUUAAGUGGACAAUUUGGAUCCCCAGCUGCUAAAAGGAGUAUGACAAAAGUUGCACCGUAUAUAUGGUGGCGUUCUUAUGGGAUAGAUACACCUAUCUUACGAAAGUUUGCUAUCACGGUUCUUAGUCAAACUUGUAGUGCUUCACCUUAUGAACGAAAUUGGAGUACAUUUGACAAUCUACAUUCUAAGAAAAGAAAUUGUCUUUUGCAACAAAAACUAAAUGAACUUGUAUUCAUGUCUUUACAAAACAAAUCUUUGGAUCCUAUUUUGCUACCAGAUGUUGAGGAGAAUGAUGAUUGGACAAUACCAACGGAAGAUGAGCUUCAAGACUUUGUGGAUGGUGGUGAUGACCUUCUUUGGUCAGAUGUGCAAGAAUCAAUGGGAGCGAAUGUAGACGCUCAACCAAAUAUUAGGAGCAAACGAGAGCGUUAUAGAGACGAUGAUGGUGAUGAUAUUACAGAUGUGGGGAACGAUCUUGAUGAAGAAGUGAAUGCUUUGGAUGAUGUUGACUCGGAAGCCGAACCCGUGCCAUGCGAUUAA